AUGCCCACGCUUCGUGCCGUGGAGUGCCGCGAGAGUGACAGUGUUGACUGUUACAAGAGACAGCUCGGGGAACUGGUGCGGCAGGACAGUGACAGACAGCGUCGCGCCGUGACCUCGCGCUGGAGGCUGCCAGGAGCACGGGGCCGCGCGCCCUGCUCGACGCCACGCGUUACCCACGGCGCAGCGCGCGUGGCUCAGGAAGCCGCGGUGUCUGGCCGCCUUCACCGCAGCUCUGACGGCGUUGCGGGCCUAUCCGGCGACUUUAACAAGCAUCUAUGCGAAACAUGUAGCGAAGAGGAAGCUAAGUACAGAUGUCCACGAUGCAUGAAAUAUUCGUGCAGUCUGUUGUGUGUAAAGAAGCAUAAGCUUGCACUGAGCUGUAAUGGAGUCAGGGAUAAAACAGCAUUUGUCUCUGUAAAUGAAUUUACUGACUUGAACCUUUUGAGUGAUUAUCGUUUCCUGGAAGAUGUAGGAAGGACAGCAGAUGCUGCUGCUCGACAUCCUACUAUGCACAGUCCAACAACAAAAAAAAUCUUAUAUUGCUUGAGAAACAAAGCUCGGAAGUGUGGUAUUGACCUGAGAACGCUGCCUGUUGGAUUUACAAAAAGAAGAGAAAAUUCAACCACCUUCAAUUGCAUGGAGAAAAAGUUCUACUGGCAUUUGAAGCUCGUAUUUCCUCAUUGUCAUGCUGAAUACACUUUAAAAGGGGUGCCUGACAAUAAAACGCUCGCUGAUAUCCUUAAGCCUUACAUUGAUCCAGUGGAGUCAGAUCCGGUAGUUUGUCAAAGAUUAAAAAUGUACACCUCUUCUCCUCAGUCAGAUGUACAAAUUUUAAUGAAAAUAGAAAACAGGAAACAAAACUCUGUCAGGUACAAUGAACUGGAUGCCAGUAGAAGCCUCCUGGACAAUUUGAAAGGCAAAGUAAUAAUUGAGUAUCCAACAUUAUUUGUGGUCUUGAAAACGCUGAAGAAUGGCAUGGUGGUUCUUGGCGAAGAUGCCAGUGAAUCUGCAGAGAACUCGGAGAGUGAAAAUUCAUCCCUUUCAUCUAUGGAAGAAGGGGAAAUUCGGGAUAAUUGA